CAACCACUUCAACAGCUUAUCCUUAUCGAUCUUCUUCCUUCUUCUUAUCUGAAACGAUCAAAGAAGAAAGCUCAAAAAGCGAUCGCAAAGAUGAUGCACAUGACCUUCUACUGGGGCAUCAAAGCCACAAUCCUCUUCGAUUUCUGGAAAACCGAUUCGUGGCUAAGCUACAUCCUCACCUUGCUCGCCUGCUUCGUCUUCGCCGCCUUCUACCAGUACCUCGAGAACCGCCGCCUCCAGUUCAAAUCCCUUUCCUCCACCCGCGGCGUCUCCGCCCCUCUUAUCCCCAAAUCGGGCACCAGAUCCGCCGCCAAAGCUGCGUCGGUGCUGCUCUUCGGCGUCAACGCGGCGAUCGGGUACUUGCUGAUGCUCGCGGCCAUGUCCUUCAACGGAGGCGUUUUCAUCGCGAUCGUCGUCGGGUUGACCGCCGGGUACCUCGUUUUCAGAUCUGACGACGACGGUGCUAACGCGGAGGCGGAGAAUCCAUGCGCGUGUGCUUGAUUCAAUGUGAACUUUCUAAAACUGAAUCACAUGAAGUUUCGUUUAAAUGCGAUGAUUAUGUAAACAUUGUUGCUUGUUUGUAAUAAUUAUAGUUUCAAAUGUUACAUGUUAUGGUUUAAUAAUAUUGUCACGUCUUGGACAUAAUA